UACCGUUUAUUCGAUAGCUCGUAAACACAAAAUCUGAUGCAAAAACAAAGAUAUUUACAGGCAAACACUGGUUAGUACCCUUAAAGCCAAGGCAUCGACAAUUACAUGUUUAGCAGAUAAGAAGCCUCAAUUCACGGGUUAACGAAAUAAGAGACUUCAAAAGAUUCAAUUUUUAUCUAUUGGGUUGUAACAAAAAUCAAGCUUUUCAUGAAAUGUAAGAACACAAAACCAAUGGAAACUCUCUUCUCUUCUACUUCUUCUUCUUCAUCAUCAUCUUCCGUGUGUUAACAGAAGUCCCCACAAUUGUCUGUCUUCGCUGCGAGACAAAACUGCCACAGCCAAUAAUGUUUCUCUGAGGGACCUUGCUUCUGUCAGAGACUCGCUCUCUCUCUCCUCUUCUUGCUCUGCUCAGCUCUCUCACCAACUCAUCUUCAGUCCUCAAACAAACAUCUGUUCUCAUCUUUGUUUUCUUUCCUUUCUUUCUCAUAUCUCAUUUUCAAUUUUCCCAAUUUCUCUUCAACAUCUUCAUAGCAAUUUAAGACCACUAUUCCAUUAUAAAGCUAACUGCUUUAGAAACUCCUCACAUUUAUUUCUUCCCCAUCAUUGUUUUAGAGAGGGAGAAAGAAAAAGAGCUCAGCUUUCUGAUGGAGAGGAGUAUUCAAGGACAAAACAAGCUCUGUGUAAUGUAUCUUAUCUCAAUUUGGAACGUUACUAGUUUUUAUCUUUCUUGUAAUCUUUUCUUUCAACUAUUGAUUCAAAGAUGUGGACUUGCAUUUACUCCUUCCAAAAGAGUCCACAAUGGUUGCAUUCAAUGCUAUAUGUGUUUGUUAUACCAAAAACACCAACAAAUCUGCUCUCAACUGUUUCCCUCUCUUUGAAACAUUCCAUUUUUCAUUCUAAUUUUGUUUCGCUAGACUGACCCACUAACCAAAACCCACACUAGUCUACCCAAAUUUAAUAUCUCUCUUCUCAAUCUCACUUUCUCUUCUUACUCACUUGGUAGGUAACUCCUUCCCCUGUUUUUUCUUUUGUUGCAGUGUUUGGACCAAAAAGUGAAUGUGAGAAGAAGCCUACAAGUUCAAGAAACUGUAGAGGAUCAUCAAAGCUUUGCCCUUGAAGAGGAAGAACAACAACUCUCAACUCCGAGCUUGCUGCAAGACACAACAAUACCAUUUCUACAAAUGCUGCAACAAAGUGAAGACCCUUCACCGUUUUUGUCAUUCAAAGACCCAAGCUUUCUAGCACUACUAUCUCUCCAGACACUUGAAAAGCCUUGGGAACUCGAAAACUACCUCCCACAUGAAGUUCCAGAGUUUCAUUCACCGAUCCAUUCUGAAACCAACCACUACUAUCAUAAUCCAUCUUUGGAAGGAGUCAAUGAAGCCAUCUCAAACCAAGAACUUCCAUUCAACCCACUAGAGAAUGCGCGUUCAAGACGCAAGCGGAAAAACAACAACUUGGCAUCAUUGAUGACAAGAGAAAAGCGAAAGAGAAGAAGAACUAAACCAACAAAGAACAUAGAAGAGAUAGAGAGUCAAAGAAUGACACACAUUGCGGUUGAACGAAACCGCAGACGCCAAAUGAACGUUCAUCUGAACUCACUCCGCUCCAUCAUUCCAUCUUCAUACAUCCAGAGGGGAGACCAAGCGUCAAUAGUAGGAGGAGCAAUAGACUUCGUAAAGAUCCUAGAGCAACAGUUGCAAUCCCUUGAAGCACAAAAGAGAAGUCAACAGAGUGAUGAUAACAAAGAGCAAAUUCCAGAAGAUAACAGUCUCAGGAACAUUUCGUCGAACAAGUUGCGUGCGAGUAAUAAAGAAGAACAAAGUAGCAAACUCAAAAUCGAAGCCACAGUGAUAGAGAGUCACGUCAACCUAAAAAUUCAAUGUACGAGGAAACAAGGACAACUUCUCAGAUCAAUCAUAUUGCUGGAGAAACUUCGAUUCACUGUUCUUCAUCUCAACAUCACAUCUCCGACCAAUACAUCUGUCUCUUAUUCCUUCAACCUCAAGAUGGAAGAUGAAUGUAAUUUGGGAUCAGCGGAUGAGAUAACGGCGGCGAUUCGUCAGAUUUUCGACAGCUGAUUGACUAAUCCAAGUAAAAAGUAAAAUAAAAAAAGAAACGUUUACUUUGGUAACUUCGUUUUCAUGAUUAAAUUCUUUAUUUGGUCGUAUGUGAUUGGAGUCUUCUCGGCAUGGAACUUGACUUUGGUUUUAGGGUACUAGUCUCUACAGAAGCUGUGGUCCUUCUUUGGAUAGAUUUAUAAUGAAAGUUUGACCCCUCUCUCUUUUUUUAUUGUCUUUUUGUUUUGCUUUUGCCUCUCUCUCGGGGUUUUGACUUUUGUAUCAUAAAACUAGAAUAUAAAAGUUUACAAAUUAUAUUUAUCUAUAAAAUAUUUUUAUUUUAUACUUUACGAUUGUUAUUAAGUAACGUCCUCUUAAAUUCGUCCCGCCAAUCUGUCCCGUAAAAAAAACUCACUGAUU